GCUCUGCGCCGCUCCCUUCUGCUUUCCUCUCUCUUGUUCCGGCUUCACUUGGAAGAGGAGGAGGAGAAUGGCGUGUGAGGAAGGCGGCGUGGCUCCGACGGUGUCCCGGGACCUCCUUUCUGUGGGGGGCCGAGGAGGUAUUCAUGAGACACUGCUGCUCAAAUCAAAUCAUGCUAACAAGAAAGCCACAAGCUUACAGACAACCAGACUGCCAAAGAGCAAUAUUUUGGAUAGAGUCCAGACCUUUCUACCACAGAUGGCCAGUGCAAAUGACAAGCUAAGGAAACAAAUGGACAGCACAUCCAUUGAAGAGUUUGAUAUUGAACACUUAGAUCCUUCUACUGAAAAUGUAAUUGAAAUGAAUGUGGCUUUGGUUGAACUGGAUGGUUCUGAUACAGAAGAAGAGGAUUCAAAUUCAGAGGAGGAGUCUGAAGGCGAGGAUAGCUCCGUUUGUGAUGAAGUGACUGUAGACAACAUCAAGCUCCCAAAAUCAAAAAGUGAAGGCAGAAUAGAAAUCUUGGACAGUAAAAGUGUUGAAUAGACAUGUUGUCUUCAUUUCAGACCAUAAUGAUUUCAAUGCUGUUUUGGAGAGUUAAUCUUUUUCUAGUCAUACUGCCUACAGAAUAUAUUUCACAUUGCUGGAAGACAUGCAGGUUGCCUUCAAUUCUCAAGAUAGAAGAGAUAAAUGAAAGUAAGCAUAUUUUCUCUCAGAAUGCCAGCAUGGAGGAGAAAAUGAGAAAGAAAAGAUGUGAUUGGAUGGAAGUUAAGAACUUCUACUGUCAAGCUAUCUCAAUAAUGUUGAUACUUGUCUUGCAUUUAUUUUUCCCAGUUCUUAAAUUCUGUUACACAGAGAUCCCUGGGAAUGCUUCUGUAAUGCCAGGGAACCACCCAUCAUUUAGAUUGUACCAGUUCUUCAGCCAUCUUCUUCAGCCAUUGCUUUGAGUAUCUAUCUCAAUUGAAAUUAUUGGUCCAACUAGCCGCUCUUACGUGCAGGCCAAAAGCACUUCAGUCUGCUUUGGCAUGAGCUAUAACUUGGUGGGAAAUGAUUAUCUCUGUAAAUGCUGACAUAAAGGCUCCUUUUACUGUGACCCGUGGCCAUGAUGAUGGGGGCUGAUAGGAGUUGAAGUCCAAAACACUUCAAGCAAAGUGUAGGCUAAGUUUAGCUACGGUAGAACUGAAACUCUCAGUAGUCCAAACAGGCAUAGCCACUAAUGUUGCAUGCUUGAGGCUGCAGUUGAACUACAUCUAGAGAGAUGUGUACAGUAAUUUGGAUCUAUGAUCCAUAAGUUGCUCCCCCCCCCCAUCGAAGAGUUAGCUUUACCUUUACAAUAAGGAGAGGGAAGAUUUUUAUUUCUUGUGGGUUAGUGGUAUGCUCAAAGCCUUUAUGGGUAUUUUUUGGGCACAUGGGAAGUGCCAUUGAAAUCCUAUAGCUUAUUUUUCUGGUAUUCAGAAGGCUCAUAUUUAUAAAAGUGCUUCCCUUAUAUUUCCAGCCACUUCAUUUGAAUUCUGUGGGACAGUUUAUUUUGGCAGUAUUUAGUCAUACCACAAACUUUGAUUCCACUUUAACUUCCUUGCCUAUAUCUUUUGGAUCUGUGAGGUUUAUAGUUUAAGGAGGUACUAGAGGCCUCCCUAAAUUACAAAUCCUAGGAUUCAAUAGGAUAGAACCUAGGAUGCACUAUGCAUUUGGGAUUAUUUUUAAAAAGAAACUGAUACAAGUAGUUUGUUUUAGUAACUGAUUCGGAGUGCUCUGUAUUUUUAAUUUUGAAUAUACAAAUCUGCUUAUGCAAAAUGCCACUCUUACAUUUUGUUAUUUUUGGAAUUCCAUAAAUAGAAACAACGUAAUUUAUAGA